UCUUUAGUAAUGUAACCCCUCUUUUACCUGGGGGUACAGUGUACGUGUGCCAUGUACCUCCACCCAAGCUAUUUAGAGCCCAAUACUCUAAUCGCUUAAGAAAUACCCUACCCCUGUAGUGGUCGCCUAUAAUAAUAAUAUAAUUAGUAUGUGAUGUAACCAGAUAGGACUAUGCACAUUUACCUAUCGUACCUUUUCUUUGUGAUUUUCAGGCUCUUCCACAGAUACGGAGACAGUUCCACCGGGUUGCACAGUAGUGAAGAAGACAUCUGGAGGAGGAGUAUAUAGAGGAACACAGGGGUCUGUACAAGGACGUGAUGAUGGAGAAUCACCGGCCCCUCACAUCACUGGAUGGACCCAGUAACAGAGAUACCCCAGAGAGAUGUCCCCAUCCUCUGUAUUCCCAGGAUUGUACAGAGGAGAAUCACAGGAUCCCACAGGAGGAUCAGGUAGAACGUCUGUCUGAUAUUAAAAUAGAAGAUAUAGAGGGAGAAGAAGAGACGUAUGUGACUGAUAUAAAGGCAGAAGAUAUAGAGGGAGAAGAGGAGACGUAUGUGAUUGAUAUAAAGGCAGAAGAUAUAGAGGGAGAAGAAGAGACAUAUGUGACUGAUAUAAAGGCAGAAGAUAUAGAAGGAGAAAAAGAGACGUAUGUGACUGAUAUAAAGGCAGAAGAUAUAGAGGGAGAAGAAGAGACGCAUGUGACUGAUAUAAAGGCAGAAGAUAUAGAGGGAGAAGAAGAGACAUAUGUGACUGAUAUAAAGGCAGAAGAUAUAGAGGGAGAAGAAGAGACAUAUGUGACUGAUAUAAAGGCAGAAGAUAUAGAGGGAGAAGAAGAGACGUAUGUGACUGAUAUAAAGACAGAAGAUACAGAGGGAGAAGAAGAGACGUAUGUGACUGAUAUAAAGGCAGAAGAUAUAGAGGGAGAAGAAGAGACAUAUGUGACUGAUAUAAAGGCAGAAGAUAUAGAGGGAGAAGAAGAGACGUAUGUGACUGAUAUAAAGACAGAAGAUAUAGAGGGAGAAGAAGAGACGUAUGUGACUGAUAUAAAGGCAGAAGAUAUAGAGGGAGAAGAAGAGACAUAUGUGACUGAUAUAAAGGCAGAAGAUACAGAGGGAGAAGACGAGACGUAUGUGACUGAUAUGAAGGCAGAAGAUAUGGAGGGAGAAGAAGAGACGUAUGUGACUGAUAUGAAGGCAGAAGAUAUAGAGGGAGAAGAAGAGACGUAUGUGAGGGGUGAUCAGCAGUGUAAGGAGGAGGAGAUCCCUACAGAUAUCAGUACAGCAGAUGGACACACAUGCAGGAAUAUCUCAGAAGGACAUCUAAUGUUAUCCCCGGAUUGUGACAUAAAAGAUAAUGACAGUAGACAGGAUUCUCCAGGAGAUAACCCCAUUACCCCAAUUAUACAUCCAGCUCUAUCAGCUGAUCCCUCUGAUCCUGGGAAAUGUUCUCCUGAUCACUCUGAUAUUGGUGCAUCUGUUACAGCUCUGACAGUAGAUACAGUGUUUUCCUGUUCUAUAGCUGCACCAUGUUUUACACAGAACACAAAGCUUAUUGCACAUCAGCCAGCUAAGGCAGGUGAGAGGCAAUUUCCAUGUUCUGAGUGUGGGAAAUGUUUUGCACCGAAAUCAUUUCUUGUUAUACAUGAGAGAAGUCACACCGGUGAGAAGCUAUUUUCAUGUUCUGAGUGUGGGAAAUGUUUUACAUCCAAAUCAAAUUAUGUCAUACAUCAGAAAACUCACAUAGGUGACAGUCCAUUUACAUGUUCUGAGUGUGGGAAAUGUUUUACACGGAAAUUACAUCUUGUUCAACAUGAGAGAAGUCACACCGGAGAGAAGCCAUUUUCAUGUUCUGAGUGUGGGAAAUGUUUUACACGGAAAUCACAUCUUGUUCAACAUGAGAGAAGUCACACCGGAGAGAAGCCAUUUUCAUGUUCUGAGUGUGGGAAAUGUUUUACAUCCAAAUCAAAUUAUGUCAUACAUCAGAAAACUCACAUAGGUGACAGUCCAUUUACAUGUUCUGAGUGUGGGAAAUGUUUUACACGGAAAUUACAUCUUGUUCAACAUGAGAGAAGUCACACCGGAGAGAAGCCAUUUUCAUGUUCUGAGUGUGGGAAAUGUUUUACACGGAAAUCACAUCUUGUUCAACAUGAGAGAAGUCACACCGGAGAGAAGCCAUUUUCAUGUUCUGAGUGUGGGAAAUGUUUUGCAGUGAAAUCAACUCUUAUCAGACAUGACAGAAGUCACACCGGAGAGAAGCCAUUAUCAUGUUCUGAGUGUGGGAAAUGUUUUGCACUGAAAUCAACUCUUAUUAGACAUGAGAGAAGUCACACCGGAGAGAAGCCAUUUACAUGUUGUGAGUGUGGGAAAUGUUUUACACGGAAAUCAUUUCUUGUUAUACAUGAGAGAAGUCACACCGGAGAGAAGCCAUUUUCUUGUUCUGAGUGUGGAAAAGGUUUUUCAUACAAGUCAUUUCUUGUUAUACAUGAGAGAUGUCACACUGAAGUGAAGCCAUUUACAUGUUCUGAAUGUGGGAAAUGUUUUUCACUGAAAUCGAAUCUUGUUCAACAUGAGAGAAGUCACACCGGAGAGAAGCCAUUUUCAUGUUCUGAUUGUGGAAAACGUUUUUCACACAAAUCAUGUCUUGUUCAACAUGCGAGAAAUCACACCGGAGAGGGGCCAUUUUCAUGUUCUGAGUGUGGGAAAUGUUUUGCACAGAAAUCAACUCUAGUCAGACAUGAGAGAAGUCACACCGGAGAGAAGCCAUUUACAUGUUCUGAGUGUGGGAAAUGUUUUUCACUGAAAUCGAAUCUUGUUCAACAUGAGAGAAGUCACACUGGAGAGAAGCCAUUUUCUUGUUCUGAGUGUGGAAAAGGUUUUUCACACAAGUCAUAUCUUGUUAUACAUGAGAGAAGUCACACCGGAGUGAAGCCAUUUACAUGUUCUGAGUGUGGGAAAUGUUUUUUACUGAAAUGGAAUCUUGUUCAACAUGAGAGAAGUCACACUGGAGAGAAGCCAUUUUCAUGUUCUGAGUGUGGAAAAGGUUUUUCACUCAAGUCAUAUCUUGUUACACAUGAGAGAAGUCACACUGGAGAGAAGCCAUUUUCAUGUUCUGAGUGUGGGAAAGGGUUUAUACAGAAAUCACAUCUUGUUAGACAUGAGAGAAAUCACACAGGUAAGAGGCCAUUUUCAUGUUCGGAGUGUGGGAAAGGGUUUAUACGGAAAUCACAUCUUGUUCAACAUGAGAGAACUCACAGAGGUGUGAAGCCAUUUGCAUGCUCUGAGUGAUUAAUAAAUCAGCUCUUGUUGGACACAGUAGACAUCACACAGCUGGGGAACCAUUUUAAUCUGGAGUAUACUCAUCUUCACCAUUUCCCUGCAUUGUUCCUUCAGGUUUUAUCCUAUGUCCUGUGUUUUUUUUUUUUUUUACAAUAUACAUGCUGCUACUGGUGAAAUAAUAAGACGUCAUGUCCUCCUUUACCUCUACUAUGCAGAUAACCUGUCUUUGCUCCGGGUACUGAAAACAAUACCAAUACUAAAUGUCUAGCUGAGCUCCAGGUGUCGGUGAUGCCAGUUGGCUGUGACUCGGUCCUAGCGAAACAGGUCCAUAUGCUAAUGCACGCCGACCCGCCUGUCUUCUGAUUACUUCCUCCCACUCCUAUCCAAGAUUUUUCACGUGCUGCUCCCUUUCUCUGGAAUUCCCUACCUCUCCCCCUCAGACUGUUACCAGCAGUACCAAGAAUCUGCCGUAUUUCAUUUGUGGUUGAUCUGUUAGCUAUGCAGCCCUGACCAUGGAACCUGCUGCCUCGCACAGUCCAAGAGACCUCCACCCUGGAGACCACAAACAGACUGAUGACUGUUACUCACAUGUUUCAUUAAUGUUCCUUCCCUUCCUAAAUAUACAUCCCACAUGCUGAGGUCUUUA